UUUAAAGAGUUUACACAUAUAUUUACACUUGGAAUUGGCGCUUUUUUGUUUGGCAUGAUCUGAUUUGUGACUUUUAAAACCUAACAAACUUGUUUACAUGUUUAUGUUUGAAUCUUGUUGUAUUGCAAAAAAAAACAUGUAUAUUCGUCUAAUUAUUUUAACCAUACUUGCAAUUGGAGUUGCGGCACUACAUGGGCUAGAAGGUCCAAAAGUAGCUCCCUUCUCAUCUCAUGUUAAACCAGUAAUUGGAGGUAAAACUUCAUUCAUUUGCCAGAGUCUCUCAGGAUCAUCGCCACUACAGAUAAUAUGGUUCAAAGACGGAAAAGAACUUGUGGACACUCAGGAUAUCAAAGUUGGAUCAAUUCAAGAUUCUUCAGUUCUAAUCUUUGACUCUAUAAAAUCAAGUCACACUGGAAAUUAUACUUGUAAAAUCUCUAAUAAAUAUGGAUCAGACUCGUAUACUACCGAACUUUUAAUUGAAGGUCCUCCAAAUUGGAUUAAGAAACCAAAUAAUGUAAAAUCAAGUAUCCAUCGAAGGAUAAGUAUCGAUUGUCUUGUUUCGGGCUAUCCACAACCUACAAUGACUUGGAAAAGAUUACAAGGAUCCUCAUGGACGAAACUUGAGACAAAUGGUCAACACAAUCAUAAUUUACAAAUUAUGAAUGCAACCAAAUCUCAUGAAGGAAGAUAUGGAUGUUCUGCUUCGAAUGGAAUUGAACCUAAUCUUUGGUCAGAGUUUGAUAUUUCAAUUGAGGGUAAUGUUUGGCUAUUAUUUAGUUAUGUUUUCUGAGAGAUUGGCGCUUUUUUGUUCAGUUAUUUUUUCAGAGCUUAUUAGCUUCACUCUGAGAAUAUUUUUCCCAAUACAGCUACCAAAUUCAAACUUGGAUCAUUUACAUAAUGGACUCAACCGAAAGUUAUCUCCUGUUAUGUCAAUUAGCAUAUCGCAUAUACUUAUCAAAGUUCUGAACUUUUAGUUCACGUUUAACUUUAAAUCAAUAUGAAAGAUAAAGUUUGAAAAUCAUGAAUGAAUUAGUGAAAAUUGCUUGAAUAAAUAAGUUUGGAAUUUCUUAUUAUUGGACAAAAAAUAGCUUUUCAGACCUGGCGGGUUUAAUACAAUUGGUCAAAACUGUUCUUUGAUAAGCGCAGAUCAGUAAAAGAGAUUUUCAUCACAAAAAGAAAACCAAAAUAAGUGAAAACGUUCUGUUAAAC